CUGACCGUAGAUUUCGAAACGUUUUUGGUAAUAGAAAUUAUUUUCGAGGAAGACUCAAUUUCGAUUUUACGUGUUUCAUAGUUAGGCAAAUCCUGAACAAUGGAUGCUAUGCUUCAGAAGCACAGCGCUAAACACAUAUACAAGGUGCCAGAAGGAUUAAGAGAACUCUGCACCGACAUUUCACGCGAGGUCCUCCGAUUGCAACCGAAGAACCUGUACGGUUUCGUCGCUGAAUACGUGGACACGCUCCUAAUCACGCGCGAGAACACAAAAAUCGCUGUCAAAGUCGUGAAUAACAUUUUACUGGGAAGCCAGGCAAUUCUGAGCAUUCUUUAUCGAACUGGUUUCAGUUUGGAGCAGAUCGCAGUCGCUGCACCGCGGAUUCAAAGAGCGUUUCGAGAGUACCUGGACGCGGUGGACAUUCGACCAACACAGACAUGCGAGGAGCAUACAUGUGAUGAAGAAGCUGUGGUAUCGAUACGAAAUAUUCUGGAAGCAACAGGAUCGACGAGGGAGACUGCAGAACGCGCUGCUACUGUGAUUCAAGUUAGGAUUUCGAAACAAAAUUAUAUGGGAUUAGUCAAAAUGAUCAUCUAUUGGGACACUUGGACAUUUAUGAUAGGGAGAGUUGGGAGAAUUUUGUUUAGAAAUAAUGAUAGAAAGGUGUGAGCUAGCUAGCUAAGAAGGUGUGAGCUAGCUCUAGCUAAGAAGGUGUGAGAUAGCUAGUU